AUGUCACCUAUCAGUAAAAAAGCAAAGAAGGAAUCGUCCGAGAAAGAGCUAGAAGGCUUCUUGUUUGGUGAUACUACUGAAGAAUUAUGGACAAAGACUGGACAAGAGCUCGAUGCUGAUCAAGCUCAAGACAGCAAUGCUGAAGAUGAUGAUGAGGAGGAUAACGAAGAGGCCUUCUUCUUUGAUUCUGGACCAGUUACCUUUACAAUGGAUGCGCCAACAUUAGGUGCUGACGGUUCAGACAGUGAAAUUGAUUAUGAAGCAGAACAAGAAAAUGAAGAGGAUAACGAGGAAGACGACAGCGAUGAUAGUGAUGACAGUGCGAAUAACGACAGUAAUGCUGCCUGGGAAGAUGAAGACGAUCAACGCUUAAAGAUUUCAUUAACUGCUACCAACAUUACAAAGAAGCUUCGUAACGACGAAGAAGAAGAUGUCAUUGAUGGCGUCGAAUACACUCGCAGACUACGCAAACAAUUCAACAAAAUCUACCCAAAGCCUGAUUGGGCCCGACUUCCAUCAGAGAUCAAGGCAGAACAGAGAAAACGUAAAGCAUCAUCCAACAGCUCUGACGAGGAAGACGAUGAUGAUAUGGAUAGAGAUGAGGAUGAGCUGGACGACAAAGCUAGAUUAGACUUGUUGAAGAGUACAAUGGGCAUUUUAGAGAGAAGAUCAGGAAAGAAUACCAUUUCACCCAGAAAAUUAGACAUUUUGCGUGUGAAGAAUGCCAACCGUGCAGUGCCUAGAUCCUAUAAAUUAAUCACCUCUAUCGCAUUCCACCCCAACGCACAAGUCAUGUUGACAGCUGGCCUCGAUAAAACACUCAGAUUAUUCCAAAUCGACGGCAAAAUCAACCCAAAGAUCCAGUCUGUCAUGUUUAAGGAUAUGCCCAUCUAUCACGCCGAAUUUCACCCUUCUGGAGAUCAGAUCAUUGUCAGUGGACGUCGCAAGUUCUUUUACAUUUACGACAUUCAGUCGGGUAUCAUUGACAAAUGUCCUGGUAUCUGGGGAAAAGACGAAAAAUCACUAGAAAAAUUCUCCAUCAGUCCUUGUGGUCGUUAUAUCGCAUUUUUGGGCUCAAGUGGUACCAUCAUCAUUGUCAGCUAUUUAACAAAGAAAUGGUUCUGUGAUCUGAAAAUGAACGGUACAGUGGAUUCAGUGAGUUGGAGUGCUGAUGGUACAUUUGUCUUUGGUUUUGGAUCUGCUGGUGAGGUGUAUCAGUUCAACGUGGUAGACAAAGAAUGCGUCAAACGCUGGGUGGAUGAUGGCUGUAUUGGUGCCUCUGUUUUGCGAGUCAGUCCCAACGAGAAAUACUAUGCCACUGGUUCAUCCACUGGUGUUGUCAAUCUCUACGACAGAUCAGUACUGGAACCCAACAACGCUAGGCCCACACCUAUAAAAGCCAUCACCAACUUAACAACAAGAAUCAACAAUAUCGUUUUUAACCAUGACUCACAGUUGAUGGUGAUUGCCAGUCAGUCAAAGAAGGAUCAAUUACGAGUGAUUCAUGUACCCACAGCCACUGCCUACAGCAACUGGCCCACUGAUAGAACCCCUCUCAGUGAUGUUGUCGCUGUGGCCUUUUCUCCCAACAGUGAUUACCUUGCAGUGUCAAAUGAAAAGGGUCAUGUUCUGCUCUAUACAUUGAAACACUAUGCUCUUCAGUAA